GAGCGGACGCCCUCGGGGCCGCCCCGCACCCUCCGCGCCCCCCUAUCAUGCCCGGGGCCGCCCGCGCAGCCAGGACACCAUGCCCGAGGGCGGCGGCGGCGACGGCGGGGAGGCGCCCGAGCUGGUCCCGGACGGCGAGCCGCCGCGGGAGGAGCAGCGGCCCCUGAAACAGUCCCUGGGCCGCUCCCUGUGCCGCGAGUCCCACUGGAAGUGUCUCCUCCUCACGCUGCUCAUCCACGCCUGCGGCGCCGUCGUGGCCUGGUGCCGCCUGGCCACGGUGCCCCGCCUGGUCCUGGGGCCCGAGGCGGCCCUGGCCCGCGGGGCCGGGGGCCCGCCGCCCACCUACCCGGCCAGCCCCUGCUCCGACGGCUACCUGUACAUCCCGCUGGCCUUCGUGUCCCUGCUCUACCUCCUCUACCUGGCCGAGUGCUGGCACUGCCACGUGCGCGCGUGCCAGGCGCCCCGCACCGACGCGCACACGGUGCUGGCGCUGAUCCGCCGGCUGCAGCAGGCGCCGCCGUGCGUGUGGUGGAAGGCCACGAGCUACCACUACGUGCGCCGCACGCGCCAGAUCACCCGCUACCGCAACGGCGACGCCUACACCACCACGCAGGUGUACCACGAGCGCGCCGACAGCCGCACGGCGCGGGGCGAGUUCGACUACUCGGCCCACGGCGUGCGCGACGUGUCCAAGGAGCUGGUGGGCCUGGCCGAGCACAAGGCCACGCGGCUGCGCUUCACCAAGUGCUUCAGCUUCGGCAGCGCCGAGGCCGAGGCGUCGUACCUCACGCAGCGGGCCCGCUUCUUCGGCGCCAACGAGGGCCUGGACGACUACCUGGAGGCGCGCGAGGGCAUGCACCUGAAGGACGUGGACUUCCGAGAGUCGCUCAUGGUCUUCGCCGACCCCCGCAGCCCGCCCUGGUACGCGCGCGCCUGGGUCUUCUGGCUGGUGUCGGCCGCCACGCUGUCGUGGCCGCUGCGCGUCGUGGCCGCCUACGGCACGGCCCAUGUGCACUACCAGGUGGAGAAGCUCUUCGGGGCCAGCUCCCCGCCGCCCGGGGCCGGGCCCAGCGGGCCGCCCCUGUCCCGCGUGGCCACGGUGGACUUCACCGAGCUCGAGUGGCACAUCUGCUCCAACCGCCAGCUGGUGCCCAGCUACUCGGAGGCCGUGGUCAUGGGCGCCAGCACCGGGGCCUACCUGCGGGGCUGCCAGCGCUGCCGCCGCUCGGUCAGCAGCAAUUCGCUGCCCCCGGCCCGGCCCAGCGCGCCCCGCCUGCCCUUCAGCCGCAGCCGCCUGUCGCUUGGGGCGGGGGGCCGGGCCACCCCGGGGGUCUUCCGCAGCCUGAGCGGGGGUCCCCUGGGUCGGCGCGGGGAGGACACGGAGCCCCUGGAGAGCCCCCCGUGCUACGAGGAUGCCCUCUACUUCCCGGUGCUCAUCGUCCACGGGGACAGCGGCUGCCAGGGUGACGGGCAGGGCGCGCUCUGACAUGUCCCCUCCAUGCCCUCUUCACAGCACCCUGGGCUACAGAACAGGAGGGGAGCCAAGCUGGUCCCCGGGGUAGGGUGGGGCGGGUGGGAUCCUGCACAGAAUUGAUGCGGUGGGGAGUGUCCGCACCGGCCAACUUGCCCUCACCACCCCUGUGUCCCUCGAGGGCUCUCAAGCUGGGCAGGGAGGGAGGACGAUGCCAGAAAGCCUGGGGGGGUGGGGUGGGCAAAGGCCUGGGGAAGCUCAUGUGGGCUCCCCACUGCCUGGUUGAUGCCCAGAAGGAGCCCGUUAGCUCCCAAGAAGCACAAGCUGGUGGUUUGGGGUCCCACCCCACUGAGCUGGGCUCCGCGAUGGAGGAGUUCUGGCGAGGGGAGCCCCCCCCCCCGGCCACUACACCCCCAAAACCCACCCCUCUCGCCUGUCCCCUCUGCUGGCCACCAACCCCAGUCAGGUACCCCUGUACCCUGGCUCUGGGGGCACAACCUUGCCCCACCCUCACCACCGUUCUCCAUGGUGCACCCUCCUCUUGUCCCAUGCUACCUUUGCCUGGAGACCCUUCUCAGGGCCCCCCUUCCACGGCCCUGCCCCCCCCCCAGUCCACAUUCACAGGUCAGCCACGCACAGGCCCUCCAGCCUUUGCCUCUCAUGCUUUCCCUUCUCUGCUUCUCACAGCCAAGGGGGUGCACUCAGUGCGUGACCCUUUCUUGGAACAGCUGGGGCUCCCACACGGGGUUGGGGGUGGGGAGGAGGCAGAAAAGCUGUUGAUGAAAUAAAAGGUGUGAACUGGAA